AUGUCUUCAGAAGACAAAGAGGCUCAGGAGGAUGAGCUGCUGGCUCUGGCCAGCAUCUAUGACGAAGAUGAGUUUAAGAGAGCCGAGUCAGCCCAAGGAGGAGAAACAAGAAUUUGUCUGGAGUUGCCCCAAAACUUCAAAAUUUUUGUGAGUGGCAGUUCCGCAGAAAGCCUCCAGAACGACAGCGGGUUUGAAUACACCGUUUGCUUCCUGCCGCCACUUGUGCUGAAUUUUGAGCUCCCGCCAGACUACCCAUCCACCUCCCCACCCGUGUUUACCCUCAGUGGAAAAUGGCUCUCCCAAGCCCAGCUCAGUGCUCUUUGCAAACACUUAGACAACGUAUGGGAAGAAAACCGAGGCUGUGUGGUCUUAUUUGCCUGGAUGCAGUUUCUGAAGGAAGAGACACUGAGUUACCUGAACAUUUCCUCCCCAUAUGAGCUAAAAAUGUGCCAUCAAGGGACUGGGCAGAGCAGGACACCUGUGGUGCCUCUCGACACCGAGAAGGAUUGUGAUGGUGCAGCAAGCUCUGCAGCGGCUGAAGAAGAAGAAAUCAUCGACGCGAGAGCUGUGCAGGAUGUGGAGUCUUUGUCGAGUCUGAUUAGGGAAAUCUUGGACUUUGAUCAGGCUCAGAGGAGGAAGUCCUUUAACAGUAAGAUGUACUUGUGCAAUAUCUGCUUCUGCGAGAAGCUGGGCAGCGAGUGUAUGUACUUCAGCGAGUGCAGCCACGUGUACUGCAAAGCGUGCCUGAAGGACUACUUUGAAAUUCAGAUCAGGGAUGGGCAGGUCCGCUGUCUCAACUGUCCAGAGCCAAAGUGUUCUUCCGUGGCUACUCCUGGCCAG